CAGAAAGGAUCUCAACUUCUCAACCCCCUACUCAUCUUCUUCUUCCUGUAUCUCCAUCUACUUCUGUGUGAGUAAAGAAAUGGCGGUGAAGCUUUACGGAAUCGCCAUGUCCACCUGCACCACACGCGUAAUGACCUGUCUCCACGAGAAGGGAGUCGACUUCGAAAUCGUCCCCAUCAACCUAUCCGCCGGCGAACACAAACAGCCUUCUUUCAUCUCCAAAAACCCAUUCGGUCAAAUCCCGGCUCUUGAGGACGGUGAUCUCACACUCUUUGAGUCUCGUGCAAUCACCAAAUACUUGGCGACAAAACACAAGGACAAGGGCACUGAUCUUCUGAGGCUGGACAAUCUGAAAGAAGCAGCGUUAGUUAACGUCUGGUUAGAGGUGGAAGCGCAACAAUUCAACCCUCCAAUCUCAGCACUGGUUUACCAGAGAAUGUUUAGCCCGCUUUUUGGAGGAACACCGGAUGAGAAAGUGAUCGAGGCCAACGCCGAGAAGCUGGGGAAGGUACUGGACGUGUAUGAAGAGAGACUUUCCAAGAGCAAAUACCUCGCCGGAGAUUUCUACAGCCUGGCGGACCUUCACCACCUCUCCUACACGUAUUACCUCAUGAAGAAUCCCGAGGCCAACCUCAUCAACUCUCGUCCCCAUGUCAAAGCUUGGUGGGAGGAUAUUUCGUCUCGUCCUGCCUUUAGAAAGGCUGCAGAGGGAAUGACCGCUUAGAACUAUAAAUCUGCCCCACCGGUUACAGUUUUAGUUCUUCAUCAUCUUUUCCUUGCAUUUCUUAUCACUUUCAUGGUAGGAUUAAAUGCAUUGCGGACUUUGCCAAAGAUGGUAAUCCUUCUACCAUCUUUUUCUUGGGAUUUUUUUUUAUUGAGUUCUGUUUUGGGAAGUUGUUCUAUAUAAUUUUUAAGGUGUCUGUGACACUUACAUCUGUUUGAUUUUCUGUUGCAUUCUUCAUUUUUACCAACUUGUGCAAAGGAAGGAAUUGGUUUGUACUUCAAUGCCAAGCAUUUACAAAG